AUGUCGAGUCCCACCAUCAAGCUCAACAGCGGCCAUGAGAUGCCCCAGGUCGGCUUCGGCCUGUGGAAGGUCGAUAACGCCGUCUGUGCCGACACUGUCUACAACGCCAUCAAGGCCGGCUACCGUCUCCUGGACGGCGCUUGCGACUACGGCAACGAGGUCGAGUCUGGCCAGGGUGUGGCCCGUGCCAUCAAGGAGGGCAUCGUCAAGCGUGAGGAGCUUUUCAUUGUCUCCAAGCUGUGGAACUCGUUCCACGAUGGCGACCGCGUCGAGCCCAUCACCCGCCGCCAGCUCAAGGACUGGGGCAUCGACUACUUUGACCUGUUCAUUGUGCACUUCCCGCUCGCCCUCGAGUGGGUCGACCCCGAGGUCCGCUACCCGCCCGGAUGGCACUACGACGACGCCGGCACCGAGAUCCGCACCUCCAAGGCCAGCAUCCAGGAGACCUGGACGGCCAUGGAGUCGCUCGUCGAGAAGGGCCUGACCAAGAGCAUCGGCGUGUCCAACUUCCAGGGCCAGCUGCUGUACGACGUGCUGCGCUACGCCAAGAUCCCGCCCGCCACGCUGCAGAUUGAGCACCACCCGUACCUGGUGCAGCCGCGCCUGCUGCAGCUGGCCAAGCGCGAGGGUGUGGCCGUGACGGCAUACUCGUCGUUUGGCCCUGCCUCGUUUGAGGAGUUCAAGAUGGCCGACGCCGAGGCGCUGACGCCGCUGUUCGAGGUGCCGCUGAUCAAGGAGCUGGCGGCCAAGUACAAGAAGUCCGCGGGCCAGAUCCUGCUGCGCUGGGCAACCCAGCGCGGUCUGGCCGUCAUCCCCAAGACGCAGACGGCAUCGCGGCUGGCCGAGAACCUGGACGUCGUCGCCUGGGACCUGGACGCCAAGGACGUGGACGCCAUCUCCGCGCUGGACAAGAACACGCGGUUCAACCAGCCCACAAACUACUUUGAGACGGACAAGCUGAUCCUGUUCGCUUAA